UCUGUUUCCUUGUUUAGAAACGAGUGUGUUCUCAGACCAGAUCUCCAUUGUUGUCUUCCUUCUUCUUCUUCUUCUUCCUCUUCUCAUGGUCACCAUUCCCAAAUCUAUACAUUCACAAUUCUCACUUCAAUUCUCUCAAAUCUGAAAUUUUCAGCUAAGCUAACACUACUCUAGAUCUGAAAAUCUGAAACUUUGAAUUCGAUUUUCAGAUCUGGUGAACUUACUCGAUCUCGACGACAAUGGAGAAAUCAUGUACUUUACUCGUUCAUUUCGACAAAGGAACUCCAGCUCUAGCCAACGAGAUCAAUGAAGCCUUACAAGGAAGCGAAAUCGAAUACAAGAUCGACGCUAUGAAAAAAGCUAUCAUGCUUCUUCUCAAUGGCGAAACCAUUCCUAAUCUCUUCAUCACCAUUAUUCGCUUUGUUCUUACAUCUGAAGAUCAUACUAUGCAGAAGCUUCUCCUUUUGUAUUUGGAGAUCAUCGAGAAGACUGAUUCGAAAGGUAAAAUCCUUCCUGAGAUGAUUCUUAUUUGUCAGAAUCUUCGUAACAAUCUUCAGCACCCUAAUGAGUACAUCCGUGGUGUUACUCUUCGAUUCCUUUGCCGUCUUAACGAACCGGAGAUCGUCGAGCCUCUUAUUCCUUCGAUUCUUCAGAAUUUGGAGCACCGUCAUCCCUAUGUUCGUCGUAACGCGGUUCUCGCCGUUAUGUUUGUUUACCGUCUUCCUGGUGGUGACCAAAUGCUGGUUGAUGCGCCGGAGAUUAUUGAGAAGUUUCUCACUUCGGAACAGGAUAAUUCGAGUAAGCAUAAUGCGUUUCUCAUGCUCUUUACUUGUGCUCAAGAUCGUGCUGUUAAUUAUCUUUUUACUCAUAUUGAUAAGAUUAUCGAUUGGGGUGAACAGCUUCAGAUGGUUGUAUUGGAAUUGAUUAAGAAAGUUUGUAGAACUAAUAAGGGAGAGAAAGGAAAGUAUAUUAAGAUUAUUAUAUCUCUAUUGAAUGCACCUUCUAGUGCUGUUAUCUAUGAAUGUGCUGGGACUCUUGUUUCGCUUUCCUCCGCCCCAACCGCGGUUAGGGCCGCGGCCAGUACUUACUGCCAGCUUCUGUUAUCUCAGAGUGAUAACAAUGUCAAGCUCAUUGUGCUUGAUAGACUUAAUGAGCUUAAGGCUUCUCAUAGGGAGAUUAUGGUUGAAUUGGUUAUGGAUGUGCUUAGAGCUCUUUCGAGUCCGAAUGUUGACAUUCAGAAAAAGACACUUGAUAUUGUGCUUGAUUUGAUUAACCAUAGAAAUGUAGAUGAGGUUGUUCUUAUGUUGAAGAAAGAGGUUGUCAAGACUCAGAGUGGUGAGCAUGAGAAGAAUGGUGAGUAUAGGCAGAUGUUGGUGCAAGCUAUCCAUACUUGUGCCAUUAAGUUUCCUGAGGUUGCAAGCACUGUUGUUCAUCUUUUGAUGGACUUUUUGGGUGACAGCAAUGUCGGUUCUGCUAUUGAUGUGGCUGUUUUUGUACGGGAGAUUAUUGAAACCAACCCGAAGUUGCGUGUUUCUAUUAUUACGAGGUUGUUGGAUACUUUUUACCAGAUUCGUGCUUCCAGGGUUUGUGCUUGUGCUCUUUGGAUUAUUGGCGAGUACUGUCUGUCUCUUUCGGAAGUUGAGGGUGGAAUAUCGACCAUCAAGCAAUGUCUUGGGGAUUUACCGUUCUUCACAGCUUCUGAGGAUGUUGAGGGUCAGGAUACUCAGAAGACCGCACAGCCUGUGAAUUCCACUACUGUGUCCUCUAGGAGGCCCGUGGUUCUUGCGGAUGGUACCUAUGCAACCCAGAGUGCUGUACUGGAAACAGCCCUGUCUCCACCGACACUUGUCCAUGGCUCGGCUUCCAUUGGAAAUUUGAGAUCUCUUAUUCUCUCUGGUGACUUUUUUCUUGGGGCAGUUGUGGCUUGCACAUUGACAAAGCUUGUCUUGAGACUGGAAGAAGUCCAGACAUUAAAAACUGAAGUUAACAAAGCAUCAACACAAGUUUUGUUGAUCUUUGUCUCUAUGCUUCAAUUGGGUCAAUCCUCAGCCCUUCCACAACCUAUGGAUAAUGAUUCUCACGAGAGGAUUGUAUUGUGUAUCAGAUUGUUAUGCAAUACGGGUGAUGAGGCUAGAAAGAUAUGGCUGCAGUCCUGCAGAGAAAGCUUUGUGAAAAUGCUUGCGGAUAAGCAGCGUCGUGAAACAGAGGAAUUGAAAGCUAUGGCUCAAAUAUCUAAUGCACAACCAGAUGACCUUAUUGAUUUCUACCAUUUGAAGAGCAGGAAGGGUAUGAGCCAGCUUGAGUUGGAGGACGAGGUUCAAGAUGAUCUCAAACGUGCUACCGGAGAGUUCACAAAUGAUGGAGAUGAUGCAAAUAAACUCAAUCGCAUUAUUCAACUCACAGGAUUCAGUGAUCCUGUUUAUGCAGAAGCAUAUGUCACAGUUCACCAUUAUGACAUUGUACUAGAUGUUACUGUCAUUAACCGAACCAAGGAGACACUCCAGAAUUUAUGUUUGGAGUUGGCCACUAUGGGUGAUCUCAAACUUGUAGAGCGUCCUCAGAACUAUACACUCGCUCCUGAAUCAAGCAAACAGAUUAAGGCCAACAUUAAAGUAUCCUCUACUGAAACAGGAGUUAUUUUUGGUAACAUUGUGUAUGAGACCUCUUCAAAUGUACAUGACAGAAUGGUCAUUGUCCUCAAUGACAUCCAUAUUGAUAUCAUGGACUACAUCUCCCCUGCAUACUGUGCUGAUGUGGCGUUCCGAACAAUGUGGGCUGAGUUUGAGUGGGAGAAUAAGGUUGCUGUUAAUACCGUUAUUCAAAGCGAGAAGGAAUUUCUAGACCACAUCAUAAAAUCCACAAACAUGAAGUGUCUGACUCCUCUAUCUGCACUGGAAGGGGAGUGCGGUUUCCUCGCCUCCAACUUGUACGCAAAGAGUGUGUUCGGGGAGGAUGCUUUGGUGAAUGUAAGUAUCGAAAAGCAAACCGAUGGUAAGCUAAGCGGGUACAUCAGGAUAAGAAGUAAAACGCAAGGUAUUGCUCUGAGUCUCGGGGAUAAGAUCACCUUGAAACAAAAGGGUGCUGCUUGACCUCCCCGAACAGACCACAUUCGUCGGUUUUUGCAUCUUCUCAUACCCUUUUUUAUCCCCUUUCUUAAUCUGCCAAAUAAUGUUGUUAUAUGUUUACAUGGAGAUUCAGUUUUGCUAUGAAUUCUUUUGCCUUGUUGUUACUUCAAGUUGUUUUAAUUUCAGAUAUAGACAAAAAUAUUGUUGUUACCAUUCAUCAAGACAGGCUUUUAAAUUUUCACAUCAAAUUUGUAGCAAUACAACAUUUUUUCCCAUCAAUAUAUUAUUCAUAAGUUGUAAUA